CGGGGCCACACGGCAAACGGGCGGCGCGGCCCAGAAGGUUGGCGGUACAGCAAGCGGGAUCGGCGAUUCGUUUGCCGGUAGCGUUUUGAGGGGUGGGGCGCUGCCUCCCCCCGUGGUCGUGGGGUCUCCUCGGGCGCUCCGCUCGCCUCCCACGGAACGACGGCAUUGCAGAGGUCGCGACGCCGCAGAGCCCAGCCCGGUGUUGGCUCUCCUCUACCGCGGGAUCGCCGCCUUCGCGCCCGGGGGGGGUCUCGUGGCGCGGGGGGCCAUGUCCCUGGUGGUGACGCCGGCGGCCAGGGGCGGAGGAGGAGCCGUCUCUAGGAGCCGCUCGUUCGCCGGGUUCAGCGCCGCUCACGAGCGCAGUCGCCGGUCGCGUGCCACUCCCCGGCGCUCCCCGACGCGCUCGGCCAGGAUGUUUGCCGGCUCCAGCAAGUCGCCGGGCGGUGGUGGCGGUGGUGGCGGUGGCGGUGGUGGUGGCGGCUCCUCCCCACGGCUGCCGCAGCCGCAGCGACUGGACGAGGUCUAUGGGGCCCUCAAGAAGGGGCUCGGUGAGUUCCUGCAGGCUCAUCAUACCGAACUGGAAUCGAUGACCAUCCACCAGAAGGAAAUGAAACGCAACUCACGGCUGGGCUUCGUGUACGACCUGGACAAGCAAAUCAAGUCGACGGAGCGAUUCAUCCGGAGACUCGAGUUCCACGUCAGCAAGGUGGAGGAGCUGUACGAGACGUACGGGAUCCAGCGCAGGCUGCGGGACGGCGCGCGCCGGAUGAUGGCCGCGUACGAAACGUCGCCGGGCAGCAGGGAGGCGCGGGACACCCUGCAGGAGGUCACCCGGGGUCACCGCGAGUACACGGAGAGCCUGUGCGUGAUUGAGAACGACAUGGAGAGCCUCCUGGGGGAAUUUCACAUGCGCAUGAAGGGAUUGGCCGGGUUCGCGCGCCUCUGCCCCGGAGAUCAGUAUGAGAUCUUCAUGCGCUAUGGGCGUCAGCGCUGGAGGCUCCGCGGACGCAUCGACUCGGAUGACAAGCAGAGCUGGGACAGCGAGGAGACGCUGCUGGUGCCUCUGAUCUCCGACUUGCUCCACAUCAAGGUGACGGAGGUCAAGAGCCUGGCCACUCACGUGGUGGUGGGCAGCGUCGUGUGCGAGACGCGGGACCUCCUCGCCGUGGGGCCCCAGCUCGUAGCGGUCGACAUCAACGACCUGGGAACCAUCAAACUCAACCUGGAGGUCACCUGGAGUCCCUUUGACAAGGAGGACCAGGCGAUGACUCCGGGCACCAUCGGCAAGAUGUCUGCCGCCAGCAAGAGGCUGUCGCUGUACAGCCAGAGCCCGCCUGACACACCGUCCCUACGCGAACAGGCCUUCUACAACAUGCUGCGUCGUCACGACGAGCUGGAGAACGGAGCCACCUCCUCGCUCUCGUCGGACUCCAUGGACGGCUCCGUGAGUCCCCGGACUCCGCUCGACGCCGGCACCAGCAGCCGACGGCGUCCGAUCCCUGAGUACCAACUCCCGAUCCCGGAGUACGAAGCCCCGGGUCUCGGUUCCGGACGCGAGCCGGAAACUCCGUCCUCUGCCACCGCCGCCGUCGAUGACGUUUCCUCCCCGAGCGAGCGGCGGGUGGAGAACGGCGAGCCGGAGCCUUGCGAGCCGCCCCGCGCCGACGGCUCACCGCCGCCGCCGCCGCCGCCGCCGGACGAGAUGGAGCGUGCGACGAAGCCGGUCGUGGGCAACGGCGUCCCGGCGUACGGCCGCGCGCUCAGCCAGAUCAGCGAGGGGAGCGUGGACUCGCUGGAAGAGCACGGCGGGGCGGGGGGAAGUGUCGGUGAGGCUGCGGCGGUUGCGGUGGCCGCGGGAGACGGCGAGGAUUGGCCGGCCGAGGGAGGAGCGGCGGAGGAGGCAGCCGAGGCUUUGGAAGCCGGGGGAAGCGACGGUCCGCGGGAGGACGUGGAACCGGCGCUCGCCCCGGCGAAACUGGCAGUCGUCCCGGCGGAACCGGCGGUCGCCUCGGACCGAGGAGCGGAGGCCGCAACCGAGGACGCCGGCGUGGGCGACGUCACGGCCGGCGGGAGCUGCUCCUCGCUGAGACGCUCGCCGGCGCGCGGCGACGGAGCGUUGGGCCGCGAGCCCAGACCGGGCAAGGACGGCCUGCUGCUGAGCGCCAACGCCAGCGAGAUUUUCUUCACCGACAAAUCAAAGGACGUCGUGCAUUUCUUCAACGCCGCGGUCGUGCCGUGUGAUGACGACGACGACGACGACGACGCCGACUCGAACGGCGCCAAAGAUUCCCGCCGAGACGAGACGACGGCCGUGGGCGAUCGCAUCGCCGUCUCACCUCCCGGGGUCGCCUGCCGAACCAAAGAAACCUCGGGGCCGGCCGAGCAGGUCAGGCCCGCCCCCUCGCCCGCCCCCUCGCCCGCCCCCUCGCCCGAGCCGGGGGCGGCGAGCGCGGGGGAGGAUUCGGGCGAGCGGCUAGGAGGACCGGGCCUCGAGCGGGCCUGGCAGGCGCUGUGCUCGGCGCUGGACGACUGCAGGGGCCGCUACGCGGAGCUGCAGCUGCUGGAGCAGGAGGUUGCCGACCUGGAUCGCAUUCUGCAGCCGGGCGGGAAGGUGUCACGGAGUCGCGCGUCCAGCGUCAGCCUCUCGGUGGAGCACGCCCUGGAGAGUUUCAACUUCCUCCACUCGCCCGACCUGGACGACGAGGAGAUGGAGCAGGACGCGGAGGAGGAGGCGGAGCGCCACCGUGAGGCUGCGGAGUCGGACGGCAAGCGGCAAGGCGACGUUGAGGUGGAGGCGGUGGUGGUGGCUACCGGCGACGGCGCGGAGCUCGGCACCGGCGCCCCGACCACCGGCAGCGAGGGCCUCGACGUGGCCUUGGCUCUGCACGCGGAUUACUGCACCCACCUCGUCAUGAAGCUCGGCACGUUUGGGCCCCUGCGCUGCGGGGAGCUGUGCGCCCUCGACCGCCUGCACGGCCAGGCGGCCGUGCUGCGGCGAAUCGCGGAGCUCACGCGAGACUUGUGCGACGGGCAGAUCCUGAGCAUCGCACGCGCGGUGCCCGAGCUGUGUGAGCGCGAGUGCGUGCUGCGCUUCUGGGAGCGCGUCGCCGAGCCGGGGGGAGCACAGCUGUGCGCCACGGCGGAGCGGCUCGCCGCCACCGUGUCGUCCGACUACUCGGAGACGCUGGCGCACACGGACGCAGUGUGCGUGCGCCUGCUGGAGCGGCUGCUGGGCCGCCGCGUGCGUCGCCUGCGCUCGUGUGCGCCCGCGCGCGUCACCGCGUUCCAGCUGGCGGCGCUAGCGCAGCAGCACGACGUGCGGACCAUGGACUCCUUCAUCACCCGGCUGGGGCACGAGGUGUCCCUUGCGGCGUCGCUGGAGUCGCACGACCGCAGCGAGGUCCUGCGUGGGCUCAAGCGUCUCGCCGGGUCGGACGCGGCCGCCCCUCCGCGCCUGACGGUGGCCAACAUGACGUCCCUCGCGCCGCUCCUAUUGGACAGCGACGCCAAGAUCAGCCAAUCGGCGGCGACGAUACUCAGGAGGGCGGCGAGCGAGGCGCCGCUCCGAGAGAAGGUGGUGGUUUGGUGUCUGCAGCUUCUGGAAGAGGAGGAUGAGAUCCUGAGACGAGCUGGUUGUGCAGCACUGGCUUGCCUGCAGGCCAAGGAGAGCAUGGAGCAGCUCCUGCACCUGUGCCAGGUCGACCAGGAGCCCGUGAAGAUCGCGGCCAGGGACGCCAUCUUCUCCUUCGGCAAGGAAGGCCAAGAGGCCUACCGUCGCGCGGAGGAGACCAUGGACGGAGUGCGUGGGUUCAUAACGCCGGGCGCUCCUCACAAACAGCCGCCCGCGACUUUCUGACCGCGGCGAAGGAGGAGGUGGCGCUGCUCGUGGUGAUGACGACGAUGCCGACGCCAUCGCCGAACCGGCAGCUCGCUGGAGCCACGGCGGCGGCAGCGGGAAAACUGCACGCGGCCGAGGGCCGGCACCCAUUGGGGGGGGGGGGGGGGGGGGCUUGUGGGAAUUAGUUUUUUUUCAUCACAGGUUGUGGGGGGGGGGGGGUGGGGGGGCAGCAGGAGUGAGGAAUGGGGUCGAUCAAAAAAGAGGGCAGCUCUCUUGGUUAGCCGACAGAAGGGCAUGAUGACGUGGAACACGUGAGAUGACGUGGAACACGUGAGAUGACGUGGAACACGUGAGAAACCUUACCGUUAGCGGAGAAGCGGGAUGGGCACGGGGGGGGGGGGUGCCAGUGUCGGAUUGUGGAAGUAUUAACACGCGGCACUGAGCACGAUUGUUGGACAUCGAUGAACGGAAACAUCGAGACGAAGAAAAGCGCCGCGUUCUAACGACGGCCUCGCACGCGGAGCCCGCUCGCGCCGUAGUUGCUUCGCCGCGGUGCAUUGCAGCGCCGGCGUGCAACCAUCGAGCGGCCGACGGAUCGCUCGGAGAGGGACUCGUUCGCCGCAUUGGCGCGCCCUCGUUGUGGCCUCGGAAGCCGCGUGGGAGCGAGCGGCAGGGAGGGAGGGAUGGAGGGGCCCUCUCGCAGAGACGUCCGGAAGGAGGCGCCGACCGUGGCCUUCCGACGGGCGGCAGAGCGAGCCGCGUGUCGGUGCGUGAAAUGGGCCGUCCCGUGCGAGGUCGGCUCGGCCUGAAAUGAGCGCGGGGCCGGAUCGCAAGGCGGCCGCGGCGGCGUCUCUGAAACGUCGCAGGGAAAGGAGAAACAAAGAAAUGCACGAUUCUUGUUUUGUGGCGAGCGAAGGCGUGGGGGGCGUUCCGCUAGGCCCUCGGCGGACCGGCCCCGUGUGCCGGCGCGACGUUCGGCCUCGGGCCCUUUCAAAAGUAAAAAGCUGCGGUAUUCUCCGGAUUGCGUGACACGCGGUGAUUUCCCUCCGACCUGCCGGAAUUUGAAAUGACAAAAAACGUUGGGUUGCGCGUCUUAUAAUGCGGUAGUUGUGAGUGCGUGUGCACUCACGCGCUCGUGCGUGCGUGCGUGUGACCAGACCGGUGUAACUUUAUUAAUGGGCACGGGGGUGGGGGGGGGGGGUAUAAACAUUCGAGGUCCGUCCGAAUCUCCGGAGCGUUUGCCAAUCUGGAGAAUACGGCGAGAGAGGAACACAAACAGAGUUGGGUGGAGCUUUCCAAAAACACACAAACACUGAAUGCGGAUCUCGUCGUCGCCGUUGCCGCCGCCGCCGUUUAGAGAAUUUUUGCGACGGCGUUGGUUGCUUUAGGCCCAGGUAACUCUCCGUUAUCCGCACACCGCAAGCGUACUGCUACGUGUGUGCCGGUUUCAAUAUCACCGAGGAGGUGGGGGGGGGGGGGUGAGCAGGGGCCCACGUGACCGCAACGUCUCAAGUAUGUACCGUACGUUAAACUUCUUUCGCGUCGUACGUCGCCAGCCGUGCUCAGCGGAGGUGCGGAGAGACUGAUACACCGUGCACGCCAGACGGAGGCACUCCGCAUCCGUCUCCCACUCACUCCCUCGUCGGCGAGAAACACGAAUGCACAGCACGUUUGGCUACGUACGGAGCGAAAGAAGCGCAACGCACGGCAUACGUCCAGCUACCAUCUACUUUCGCUUGGCAUCAUCCGUCGUUUUUUGGGGGUUUUUUGUCCGGGGCAAUCGCCUCCCUCCCUCCCCUACCGGGUCGGCUACCCACCCACGAAGUCGCCCACCACCACCACCACCACCCAUCCCACCAGUUCAGUCACCCACGACCUGGAGCCGAGACCGAGCGCGGUUCACCGGCCGUGCUCGGGAAUCUCCACGAGUCGAGGCCGGGCCGCUCGCGCUUCUCGCAAAGCCUUAGCCCGAGCGGUGGCUGAAGAUAUGACCGUGAGAGUUCAUCUGGGCAGAGAUGAACAGCCUUGGCACAUCGGUGUUGCUUGCGAUGACGACGAGGGUGAUGGUGGUGAUGGUGACGAUGGUGAUGAUGGUGACGAUGGUGAUGAUGUUGAUGGUGAUGAUGAUGUUGCACGUGUCGGGAGACCACGUAGCGGAAUCAACUCGCGCCACGGUGGCGAGGAGAUGUUGACUACCUCGCCUGGUAUACAGGAGGUCGUGGGUUCGAUCCCGACCCUGUGACACCUACUGUAUAUUUGGAGUUUGCGUGUCUCUCUCCCCGUGGUCGCGUGGAUUUUUUCUCCGGGUCCUCCGGGUUUUCCCUCCACAUUUAGAAUCAACGUCACGGCGUUUAGAGUAGUUGGCUGCUGCUAUACACUUCCACGUGAUGAUGAUGAUGAUCAUGAUAAGCCACCAUUCAGUUGAGCUAUCAUUUGUGACGGCCAGGUCGCUUCUAAAAAAGAGCGACAUGGCUCAGAGUGUGGGCCUCACCCGGUUAAAAGAAAAAUAAUUUUCCGUAUUUAUGGCAUGGUAGUCUGUUGUCCUUUGCCAGCCACCUCUGAUGAGCACGGGUUGGCUAUGUACGGCGAGACAGAAGUUCAACGUACGCACGAACAACUCUGCCCCUGACGAGUUCUCUCGCUCUCGCCCCCCCCGCCACCGCUCGCUCCUGCGACCUUUUUAUCCCGACGAUUAUUUCUCGGCCAGAUCAAAAACAAACGCGUGAACGGAUUUUUUUUUAUUUUACGUAUUUUAUAUCGAUAUAUAUUUAACGGUGCAAAUUCAGUUCAGCUUGUGUAGUUGUACAAAGGCGAGGUUUUUUUUGUUGUGAAUAUAUAUAUAAAAAGUCAUAUCGGUGUUGCAUAUAUAUACUGAACAACGCACUCUUAACCGUUCGAUUUUUCAUCCACGUGGAAGUGGAACUUAACUUUGAAAUGUAAACAAAAACUAUCGUCGCUUUCUCGAGGCUGUGCGUAAGUUAUUCAUCCAAUUUAAAUUUGUUGUUGUUUAAGCCAAGUUUUGCCAGCGCAGGGUUCCCCCGUUGGCUUCCGAGCAGCCUUGCCAAGCGGCCAGUAACAAGCGGCACCGUCACGGGUCGUAAUGGAUACGGAGUGCAGCGCGUCGCUUCAAACAGAGAAAGGGGUCGAGAGAAAGGGGUCGAGAGAAACGGGACACGCAGACACAGAGAGAGAGAGAGAGACCUGCUGAGAUAUACAUCGAUACAGAGGAUAUGCAAGAGAUUACAAACACAAGUCCGUUCAUGUUGCCUGCGGUAAAUUCAUAAGAAUAAUUUUUUGUUGUUGGGUUCCAUCGCGUAAAUACGAAUGUGUCGUUAAACCCGCCACCACCCGACAGCCAAUUUUGUGAUGUUUGUCGCGUAAACAAAACCUGGCCAACUAGUUACUAGUACAGCACUAACCGGUUGUGUGUUGGAGAGUAAACCCACUACAACAUUUACAAUUCGAAUAACGUGACGUUUCGCUUGCGUUUGCAAGAACCAGCUCCGAUUUAUGCGAUCUAACACCAAACACACGAAAAAAUAUUUUUAUUCUGAAUAAUAUUGGCCGCGAAAGCCUCCGUAGCAAAUGCAUCAUUACACCCGCGCCUUAUCCACUCCUCGCGACUGGGGUGGUGAUUGUGCAUGUGCGUGGGGUAACCGCUGCACUACCGCUCGGAGGAGCGGUGGUGCAGCGAUUAGCAGCGCUGCACUACGAAUCUAGCGACCCGAGUUCGAUUCCCGCUCACGGCCAACACCGGUGACGAUUAUCUGAACCGGUCCUGGGCCUCCCCUAGGUCGACUCAGCCUCAAAUGUGUAAACAUCCCCACUGGGGGAGACAAAGGCGGCCGGGCGUGGUGCUGACCGCCCACCACCACCUCGUGUGCCACAGUGCCGGCCUUCGUAGGCCCUGCGCUCGCUAACAGCCACUUUGCCUUGGGGGGUAACCGCGGGCAAAGGGGGCAGCCCCCUCCCGCUUUGUCGUACUCGGAGUUUGCGCGCAAGUCUUCUGAAGAAUGCCAAAUACGGGGAGGGAUCUUCGUUGCGUCGCCUCUUUCAGAAAACACCUUGCUGCACGUCCUCGGUCACCUGAAGGAUUCAGGUUUUUCUACUCGCGUCCUGCAGUAGCUACUGUUGUCGUUGUGGGUUUUUUUUGUAUUUUACGAACGCGCGAUAAUUAUUGCACACGGAGUCUUGAACCGUCUCUCCCACGGGGGGUGGAAAAAUCACGUGCUCGUUAGCAGGAGGAGGAGGAGGAAAGGGGUGGGGGGCUGCUGCGACAUUGCGACGUCGUAGGGGGUUGUAAUUAUCCCCCGUUUUGAACGUUCGGGGUUUUUUGGCGUCGUGCGGGAGGAAAACCCCGGAGGAAUUGCGGAGGAAUCGCGGCGGAAACCCGGGGAAAUCGUAGAGAGAUCCUGGAGAAUCGUGGAGAAUCUCCGGAGAAAUCCCGGAGAAAUCGUAGAGAAAUCCCGGAGAAAUGCCGGAGAAAUCCCGGAGAAAUGCCGGAGAAAUCCUGGAGAAAUCGUGGAGAAAUCCCGGAGAAAUCGUGGAGGAAUGCUGGAGAAUCCUGGAGAAAUCCCAGAGAAAUCCCGGAGAAAUCCCGGGGAAAUCCCAGAGAAAUCCCAGAGGAAUCCCAUCCGUAUGGACGAGGGGUAACAACACUCAAAACGAACGCUGAGAAGAGGGGGAGCUUGCCAAAAAAAACAACUGACCGCUCAUCAGCAUUGGUUGAAGCGAGCCUGACACACUGCUGAUGAGACACUGAACAUCGACACCGGGACCCAACGUCGUGCUCGUGUUGACGCCAGUCAGUGUCGCCUGGUGAUCAAAUGCUCUUCCAGAAGGCCGUGUGGCUGAUGGGAGAGAGCAUUUUACUUUACGUUUUUUUAUUUGGAUGGGCAAAUAUGGGAAGUAAGGCGUUUUAUUGCUCGCAUAUUUAUUUUAUCUCAGAUAUAGCCGGUCGAAUAACCUACUUUCUGUACUUCCGCAAAGCGUCGUGGAAGGCGCGCGCGAAGACCUGGGGGUUGGUGGGUUGCUCAGAGACCGCCAACGUCUCCGUUGUGAACCUCCCCCAGGGAACGGCAGCGAAGUCGCUGCCCUGCUCGUGCGAGCCAUCGCCACCUCGCGUGGGGUGCGACCACCUCAUGUGGGAUGCGCGCAAGUUGGUCUGCGUUGUCCUCCCGACACGGAGGCCGAACGCUCCUCGCGAAUGGAAUUGGCGGCGCAAGUACGCGGUGUAGGCCGGAGCCAAAUGAUCGAUCGACAUGACAUCUCCACUCUCGACACAAGGCGACCAAAUGUUGAUUUAAUUGACAGCCUCCUCCAUGUGCCACCCACCGCCAUGCACCCACCCCAGUGACCCCACCCCAGUGACCCCACCCCAGUGACCCCAGCCCAGUGACCCCACCCCAGUGGCCCCAUCUCAGUGACCCCACCCCAGUGACCCCCACCCCAGUGACCCCACCCCAGUGACCCCACCCCAGUGACCCCAUCUCAGUGACCCCACCCCAGUGACCCCACCCCAGUGACCCCACCCCAGUGACCCCACCCCAGUGGCCCCACCCCAGUGACCCCACCCCAGUGACCCCACCCCAGUGACCCCACCCCAGUGACCCCACCCCAGUGACCCCACCCCAGUGACCCCACCCCAGUGGCCCCAUCUCAGUGACCCCACCCCAAGUGACCCCACCCCAGUGACCCCAUCCCAGUGACCCCACCGCCAUGACCCCACCCCAGUGACCCCACCCCAGUGACCCCACCCCAGUGACCCCACCCCAGUGGCCCCGCCCCAGUGACCCCACGUGGCCAGGGACUGUGGCGGCAGUGCCGAGAAGGGGCCUGGGUUGGGAUGCCAACUCGGGCGUCUUGGUGUGCGGGGUUUCGAUGUCGCCCCCCCCCCACCUCCUCCCUCCUGUUUCCGUAAUGGGGUUUCCGCUGGGGUUUUGGGUACAAAGUGGAAUUGGUCAAAAACGUCGCAAUGCUGAAAAAUGUCCUGCAAAAAAUCACUCGGCUGGGAUCCGCACGCAAGCGGCAGCAGCAACAGUAGCAGCAGCAACAGAAUCAGCAGCAGCAGUAGUAACAACAGCAGGAGUAGAAACAGCGGCAGCAGCAUCAGUAGCAACAACUUCAGCAUCAGUAGCAAGAGCAGCAUCAGUAGAAACAGCAGCAGCAUAAACAGCAGCAGCAUGAGCAGGAGUAGCACCAACAGCAGAAAGGGGUAGAAACAGCAGCAGCAUCAUCAGCAGCAGCAGCCACGCCGAAAGUGAAAACGGUGGCAGGACCCUCCUGAAAAAAAAAGUUUUGAGACUCUGUGAGACUUUCCUGGGGACACACACGGAAUUAUAACCAUCAUAAUAAUAAUGAUUAUUCUACUUUAUCACCACACACCGCACACUGUCAUGCAGACCAUUGACAGUGCGGGGCCUGUAGCAUGAUGUUGUUAUAAAGGAGCCAUGAAUAAAAGUGAUGCCAGUUUAGAUCUCAAGUUUUCGUGACUGCAAUGUUCCAUACUCUUUAGUUAUUUCGGUAAAGUCACGUAGGUAUAAAAUAAAAAUAAUCAAAAAUAAAUAAAAUUACAAAUAAUUGAAUUUAUUAUUUAUUAUUUGUAUUUUAGUCCUAAAUAAAUACAAUUAAUUGUGACUUUAUUUAUUUUUGAUUAUUUUAUGUUUUGUUCUUUCGGUAAAGUCACGUAGGUAUAAAAUAAAAUAAUCAAAAAGAAAAUAAAUUAAUUGUGAUUUAAUUUAUUUAAUAAUCAAAAAAUAAUUCAUAAUCAAAAAGAAAUAAAAUUAAUUGUGAUUAAAAUGUUUUGAUUAUUUUAUUUUAUACCGACGUGACUUUACCGAAAGAACUAAAAAUAAAAUGAAAAAUAAAUAAAAUCGCAAUCAAAUUUCUUAUUUUUAUUUUAUACCUACGUGACUUUACCGAAAGAACUAAAAAGUGUUGCCGAUCUCCGCUCUUCGACUCUGGUAUAACUCCACACCGGUGACGAUGCCCACGUCUGCCGCGUUGUUACACAACGAACACACAUUAUCCACGGCGUUACACAGCAGCGCGUGUAACCUGUACCUGCUGGCGAGACCCGCUGUGUGCACGUGUAUGAAUAAUAAACAAUUAUAAGCCGCAAAC